GGGGGGUUUGGCCAAAACACCUCCCACAACUUCCCUGCCCGUGCUUCCGUCCUGCCCGGGGGGAUCGGGAAGCUCAGGGAGCUGCUGGAUGUCCCCACCCCACCCCGGGGCUGCUGUGCAUGGGGGAGCUCUAGGGCUGAACCACCUCAUUUGGGGGCUCAUGAGGAUCCAGACCUCACCCAACCUCUUCUUCCUCCCCCCUGACUCUAGGAAGCUCCUCACCAGGAGCUGAUGCAGCCCCCGGCCCUGCUCCACCACUGCCCAACUCCCACAGCACAGGAUCCUUUCCCUGUCACCAGGAAUGAGGGGAUCUCCUGCCUGUCACCUCUUGGCCUUGCUCCCUGCAGGUUUUUACCCCGUUUUUCAGGAGAGGUCUCAGGCCAGCAGGGGGUGGCUGAGCAGUGCCUGCCAUGGCUGGCUGGUUUAGGCGUUUCCUGCACAAACCCAAGCCCAGCUCGGUGGAGAGCACCCCCUCUGCUUCAUCCCCACCACCAUCCUCCUCCUCCUCCACACAGAGCUCCAUCUCCUCUCCCACCCCAGCCCUGGUGAGAUCCCCCCAGCCCUCCCCCAUCCCGGACAUCAGCGCCGGGGGCAGCGCCCGCUGGGCCAAGAGCUACGACGUCUGCAUCUGCCACAGCCCUGGGGACCUGGAGGUGGUGGAGGAGCUGGUGUCCUUCCUGGAGGGACAGCCCCAACGCUUCCGAUGCUUCCUGCACCCGCGGGACGCGGUGCCGGGCGGGGCGGUGGUGACGGAGCUGUGUGAGGCUGUGCACAACAGCCACUGCUGGGUGAUGCUCAUCACCCCCAGCUUCCUCGGGGACCCCUGGUGUAGGUACCAGAUGCACCAGGCCUUGGCUGAGGCUCCCGUGGGCAACGGGCGCACCAUCCCGGUGCUGAAGGACGUGGAGAGGAAGGAUUAUCCCCGGGAGCUGAGGAACCUCUACUACAUCUCCAUGGAGCUGAAGGAGAAGAGCUUCAGGCAGAUCAGGGACACAGUCGUGCGCUACCUCCAGGAGCUGUGCCGGGGAUCCUGGAGUGGGAUGGAGUAGAGGCAGGAGCAGGAUGAGGUGUCCCCACCCGGGUGCCAAGGUGUCACCAUCCAGUGCUGAGGUGUCCCCCCAUCUGGGUGCCGAAGUGUCCUCGUCUGGGUGCUGAGGUGUUCCCCCACCCAGGUGCUGAGUGUCCCCACUCAGGUGCUGAGGUGUCCCCAGCAGUGCUGCCAGCACCAGGUCAGGAUGUGGCCACGUCCCGAUGGCCCCUGGGGGGUGAAGCCCAGAA